CCUUGUAUCAAUCAACGGAGGGAAUACUGGAAUGUCUCAAACAACGCCGUAAUCAUGAACAAAGGGUGGCUGGAAUUAGAAAGUGAUCCCGGACUUUUUACACUGUUAGUUGAAGAUUUUGGAGUCAAAAGUGUUCAGGUGGAAGAGAUCUACGACUUGCAGAAAACAAUUGACGGACCUGUUUAUGGUUUUAUCUUCCUGUUCCGAUGGAUUGAGGAACGUCGAUCAAGACGGAAGACAGUUACAGAAGAGGAAAGUUUUCUUCAGGAUGAAAAUGUAGUCAACAGCAUAUUUUUUGCACAACAGGUGAUUCCCAACUCAUGUGCAACCCAUGCUCUGCUCAGUGUCCUACUCAACAAUGACCGUGUGAAGCUUGGCUCAACUCUGUCGAAAUUAAAGGAAUUCUCAAAGUACAUGAGCCCAGAGGACAAGGGGUUUGCAAUUGGUAACAUGCCAGAGCUGGCGAGUGCACACAACAGACAUGCAAGACCAGAGCCACGACAUCUACCAGAGAAACAACAAGGAAUUUCCACCACCAAGACAAUGGAGGCUUUCCACUUUGUAAGCUAUGUGCCUAUAGGGGGUCACCUGUUUGAACUGGAUGGCUUAAAGCCUCACCCAAUAGACCAUGGUCCAUGGCGCAAGGAUGAGUACUGGACAGAAAAAUUUCGCCGUGUUAUAACAGAGCGUCUUGGAAUGGCUACUGGAGGGGAGCCAUACCACGACAUCCGUUUCAACCUGAUGGCAGUUGUACCAGAUAAAAGACAGCUGUAUGAACAAAAGUUGACCACCCUGAAGACGAAUAGACAGAUAGUCCUAGAGACUCUACAACAGAUGGUCAAAGUCACAACCCCAGGGCUAUCUGCCGCUGAAAAAGAGAAGUAUAUGGUGGCCGUGAAGAAACAUGGUCAGCUCCCAGAUGUGAUUGUAACAAGGGAGACAACUUCCACAACUUUUACAAUAGACACUAAUAGUGCUACCAAGACAACUGUAGUCAAGACAUGUCCCAAACAGGAGGGUGAAGUAAGUGAUCAUGUGGAUGACACUAGUGAGAAAGCCAACACCACAGAUGUAGAAGAUGCUAAGUCUGAUGAAUCAGAGAAACCAGUCACAGCAACGUCUGAUUCUGAUCCCUCUAGAGAUGUUACUACACCUCUAACUAUAGAGACACAUCUGAGUGGAUCAUCGCCUGGUCCUAGCAGUGAAAGCACUGACACAGCAUCAGAGGCUGGCAGCUGCUUCAGUUCGCCUAACAGUACGCUGUCAUCCUGUAAUAGUCCUCGUCUGGCUGGAGAGAUUUCCCCAGGAGGGACAAAGAGGGAGGGAGAAUCCAGUCACAGUCGACACAAACAUCGCUUCAGCAGUAACCAGGCAUUUACACCAAAGGACCUUUUAGCUCUGCUGAAAAAUGUAGAAAAUGAGAUAGCUCUGUGUGAAACAAAUCUGAAAGAUGAGAUUGAAAAGAAAAGAAAAUACCAGAUUGAUGACUGUCGACGAACACACAACUACGACCAAUUCAUUUGUACAUUCCUAUCAAUGUUAGCUAAAGAAGGUCACCUGGCUGACCUUGUAGAACAACAAGUGCUGGCCAACAAGCGACAUGGAAGUGUAAGCUCUGGACGAAUCACAAAAGUGUCCUUGAAUGAUCGACGUAAAAGAACGCGACCCAAGAAAAGACGAUGAAAUUAUGAUAAACCUGUUAUUUGAUAUAUAUAUGUCUUAUAUAAAGGAAGCGUGUCUCCAUAACAUAAUGAUAAUGUAGUGUUCAAUUCUGUUUUAAGUUACAGUACAAACUGUUUAAGGUAAUGUUUGUUUGAGUUGCCAUUUUCAUAUGGAAUGUAAUAUUCUUAAGAAAUUCUACAGAAGAUGGCAAGACAUGCUAAGUUUCUUUAUGUGAAAGGCAUUUUGCUUCAUGUUGAAAGUAUUUCUGAACAUUAAUCUUCAUCACCAGAUGAUACUAUGAAAAAGAUUUUCAUAAAAGGCUUCACCCAAGAUCCAUGGUUUGUAAUUCAUAUAAAGCAUUUGUACUUAGCACAAAGCAAUUCACAUAAAGAAAGCAUUUACCAUGUUCUUCUGGUCCCUACUGCUAUAUUUCUGUUCAUGGUAUUGUAGCCUUUGUGAAAAUACACCUUGAUCAAAUCCAAAUCUGAAUUAUUAGGUUAAGAAACAUUCACAUCGUCUUUUCUGAAGAUGAAACACCAUACUAUCAUUUUUUAAUUCAUAAAUAAAAUUAGGAACACUUGUCUAAGGUUUACUUUAAACUGCCUGAAGAGCAUUUAAUAUUUUUUCACAUUUAGCAUUUCACAUACAGCAUUUCACAUUUUGCAAGUCUUAAGAGCUUUAAUGCAGAAAUGUAUUUAUGCAUAAUACUUAAUUGUGUUAAAUAUGUACCUAAAUGUUUUUUAUGUUGAUACCAUUUUCAGUUUUGUAAAGCAUUGUCUAAUGUUGUUUUAACCAUUCCAAAGUAUUGCCUUUGUAUAAAAAACAUUAUCAAAAUACACUUCCCAAAUAAAUUUUUGCUAAAUAGAACUCAGAAAUCACAGCAAUCCAUCCAUACUUAAUGUGUUCUGUACAGAAUAGGUGAAGGAUGCUGAGCCAAUAUCAGUAUGUUCUGUUUAGUAUCUACUGUAUAUAUUAUGUACAUGAUGCAGGCAUCACGAAUUUCGUCCAUGUGAGGAGUGAUUGAGAAAUGUCUCAAAGAUGAUUACGUCCAUUUGAAGGGUGAAAGAGGAACUGAACAAAGGAACUUGAAUUGAGAGAAUUCUGUUAUAUGUGAUGUAAAAUUCUUUACAAUCAGCAAUGUGUGUGCAUGGUCGAAGUAAGUUUACUUUGAUUUUCUAGCGUGUAAGGACAAAGAUUUGUAUAAUACAGGAAAGCUAGUGCUUGUAAGAUGAUUGAAAUUGACCGUGAUAGAGCAUUUGUUCUAUUUUGUUUGUAAAGAGAUAUAAUUUCAUGUUGAGAAAUGGAAACUGGAUUCUUUAUCGGUGCUGAGUAUGUUAAGAGUAUCAUAAAUAUGUGGGUAGCUUAUACUGUAUUGAACCAUAUCAGUAUCCCAAAUGUUUUUCUAGCUUGAAUAUUCCAUUCGUUUUCAGUCAGAACUCAUUCUUUUCAUCAUAAAUUACAAAUGCCAUUGUUUAAAAGUCAAAAUUUUUACAUGUUUGAAGAAUUUUGAAUUUUAUUCUAAUGUCUAAUCUGUGAAGCACCUUGUGGAAUUCUAGGGUGUAACAUGCUGCAAUAUAAAUGGAUGUUUUCCCAUAUAAACUAUUCCAGAGAUCUUUUGUGUGACUUGGAUGAUUUGAGCUAGAUUACCACCAAUGUGUUCUAUGUUAUACUCGUUAAGCUUCAAUAUUGUCUCUUUGAUACAUGAAUUUUGAGCCAAGGAAAAAAUACAAUGUAAAAUUCAA